UCGUGCCUGGCCUCCGACCGAGCGUGUGUGCGAGGACUGGAGCGUGGACAGGGCGAGCUUUGGUGCUGGAACGUGCUCUGGGUGCUGCUAGCGCAGCUCUCAGUGGCCGUCUCAGAGCCACUUGUUCUUUACCCGACCCUGCUCAGAGCAGGCAGACGGGAUAUCCCAGAGAGGCGCGUGCAGCAGCAUAGCGUGACACCUGCUGCUGUAGCGUCAGUGCUGGGGAGCGCGUUGCCAUCUCGUGCUCCCGCUAGCCCACCGCAAGUGCUGGCAGCAUGGAGGCAGAAUUAGACACCCGCUGCCCCGUAUGCCUGGAGAACUGGGACAGCGCGGCAUACGCCAUGCCGUGCUGCCACCAGUUCUGCUUCCACUGCAUCCAGCGGUGGACUAGCACCAGGCCCCAGUGUCCGCUUUGCAAACAGGGUGUGGAGUCCAUCAUCCACACAGUGCAAGUGGACAACGACUAUCAGGAGCUGGUCCUCAGACCAGCUCCAGCGGCAUCCAUGGCCACAUGGAGCCGCGCAGGCCCCCGCGCAGCCCGGCUGUGGUCUGCAGUGCCCAGGCGCUCUGUGGGCGGCCUCACUCCUGCCACCUGGGCUUCCCUCUUCAGGGAGCACCCGGUCCUGCUGCGGCCCCUGCGGUACUGGCUGCGUCACAAGCUGCGACGCAUCCUGGGCUCCCAGGAGCCACAGGCAAAUAGAGUGGCACGCAGUGUCAUGCAGGCCCUGCUCCUCGUCGGCUUGGAGGAGGAGACCCUGAGGGAAAGGCUUGAUCCCGACCUGGAGGGCCUCACGGUGACCUUCGUACAGCAGCUCAUCGCCUUCACCGUGCGGAGGUUCAGCAGGGAGGCUCACCGCUUGCUGGGCCUCAAUGUCUCCCCCGCUGCUGGGCCACAGGAGCCCCGAGCUGCCCCACGAGAGGAGGCUCCUGUCCCCUGCCCAGCAGCCUCCAGCAGCCCUGCCAGCUCCAACAGGGACGAAAUGCCGGGCAGGGCAGAAGAAGAGCUCCGUGGGCGUCCCAGCCGCCCACAUUCCAACCCUGCGACUGUCACCAGGGAGCAGGCAGCGCCUCGCGGGGAGCCAGAAGAGCCUGUGGCAGGGCCCUCUGGCACCAGCCUACCUGAGGGGACCCGGCGAGCCCCAAAGAGGAAGGCCAGCGACUCCCAGGCCUCAGCAUCGCCCAAGAAGAGGCCACCCCGCCGGUAGGAAUAGGACAGUGGCCGAGCUGGGGAGACUGGGGCCGGGCAGCAGCUGGGACACACACCGGCCCCAAUGGACCCUUGUCAUCAGUGUCCAAUUCCACCAUGGAAAUAAAGGAGAAAGAAAUACUGCAAAAAUAAAACCACUUGUUGUCAUUGC